UUCACUGAGCAGAAUCAUAUUCUCUUUUCAUCUCAAUCUUAUUUUAUGUUUUUGCUUCAAUUUCAUCAUGAAAUCACAAAUCUCUCACCAAAUCGCAGAGAUCAUCAUCCAAAUCGACCUUACUCAUUACCAAAACUGGAAGUCUCUGAUUCUUCCAUUCCAUUGUCGAAGAAGAAAUUCAAGGUUUUCUCGAUGGGAUAUAAUCAUUUUUUCUGCUCAAUUUAGUUAAUAGGGGAAACCAACAGAUUAAUGAUCUAGGUUUUGAGUACGUCUCAAAGUCGAUGGCGGAUAGGGGAAAUCAACAGAUUAAUGAUCUAGGUUUUGAUUACCUCUCAAAAUCGAUGGCGGUGCUAUCGGCGGUGGUGGCGAGAUUGAGGUUGAAAACGGUGGUGCUAUCCGCGGAAGUGAUAGGUAGAUCUAACUGCAGAGCCAGAGAUGAUGAGAUUUGGUUUUUGAAACGGAUUUCAAAUCUGAUCGAAACAGUGGCGAUCUUUGACUCGGUCAGGGGGUGAAUUGAAAUUUCUUAUCUUUUUGAGGAGGGAAUUGCAAUUAGGAUAUUUUGAUGGGGGCGCAGUCCAAACAAUUUCUUAUGUCCCUGUCAUCCAUCCAGUUACCAGGUACGCUCUCUGCCAUGUCAUCCUCUAAUCUCACGUGUUACUGUGCCACGUCACCAUCUCUCGACGGUUUUAAAGUUCGUCUUCCAGUUAGAAGAGCAGAGCAUAUUUUAUUGAGCUGUAUUUCUCACAAAUCCUACUAAAACCCUCUCAUCAAGAACUUCUUCUCACUGAAAAAAAACCAAUCUUUCUAAGAUUACCACUCAAACCCUUUCUCCCUUUUCCUUAGUUACUCAAAAAAAUACCAAUCUUUCUAAGAAAUUCUUGCUGGAAACGAGGUUUGAACAACGAAUUUGACAAGAUUUUUAUUGUAAAGCGAGAAUUCAAGUUGGAGUUUGUCAAGAUUUUUACUGCAAGUGUUGAUUCAUCUUCUGCUUCUGUCACUUCCACCGUUCCUCAAACCAGAAAUAUCAAAAAUCGGAUUUUAACUCAAUAUGGAUAUACAUCAACUGUGCAUAGUUUGCAAAUACUGGAGGAUCUCUCCCUGGGCGCAACCACAACCAGGAUGUUUACAUGAACGACAUCAUCGUUUGUUUAGAGCGGACGAUAUUGUUGCUACCUUUAUGUAUUAUAAUACCGGCCCUUCUAGUGUACUGCCCAAUACUGACUAUUUCAACCGGAUAAGAGUAAGGGAUAGCACAAGGCGUUUUGAAGCUGCUAUUAGAAGUCAUGAUGAUGUCUAUGGGAUAACUGGAAUUAUAAUACUGCUUGAGUCGAUCUUGUAUGUAAAUUCUGUUCUUCGAGACGUUCAAAUGUUUUACGCACGUUAUUACGGAUUGUAUCCACCAGCAGCAGUACCCAUUAGACAAGAUUAUCCAGAGCGACCUCGACAGCAAACUCCAAGCUUUAGCAACUCAUUGGUCUCGUCGACUAGUGCACAGCAUUCACAACGAACUCCAAGCUUUAGCAACUCAUUGGUCUCGACUAGUGCACAUCAAUCACAGCAAACUACAAGGUUUAGUAACUCAUUGGUCUCAUCAAAUAGUGCACAGCAAUCACAGCAUCAACGAUGCACAGCGUGCAUCUAUCUUGCGAGAAAUUGCCCAGUGGAUUGUUGGUUUGCUGAAUUUUUUCAGGAAGAUUUCUGGGGAGAUUUCGAAGCUGUGUGCCAUACAAAAUUUGAACGAACAUACCUUGCUUAUAAUAGUAGAACUAGGCGUCAGGAACUAACAGGAGAUGAGAUCACCCAGAUACGGGCGACCACAACACUUUUUGAACGUGAAAUUCGAGCCAGAUCAUGUCCAGAUUACGGGGCGACUGGAAUUGUGAUAACACUGGUUAGGCGUUUGCUUGCUGUUAAUGCUAGUAUUGAUUUUCUGGAAGAGAUCUCCGCUGAUCGUGUACAACAACUGGUAGAACAAUAUCACUCUCGACAAGUACCACGAUAUCCAGCACCAACCAAUGUGAAUACGGGAGGUCCGGGACAACAACAACAUUUUCAGCGUGGUGUUGCCAAGAGAACGCUGGAACAAGGCGGACCACCAAUACCUCAACAACGACCACGACUGCCAGGACCACCAAUACCUCUACAACCGCCUCGACUACAGCAACCAGCACAAUUUGUACUAUUACAUCACCCAACACCAUUUCAGCAACCAUCUCCACCAGCAGCAUUUCAGCAACCAUCGUACGAUGUACAAAUGCAGGGAUAUCAAGCACGGCCACUGCCUCAAUCACAGGAACCAGCAAUGCCAUCCCAAUCUGAGCAACUUUUGGCUGGUAUCAACAGCUCCUCAACAGCAACAUCAUCUCAAUCUCAGUUUCAGUCUCAGCAACAUCAUUAUUUCAGUAGCGGCAUUUCCUCAUCAGCUGCAGCGGUGGGACAGCCACACCCACAUCAUCAAGAGCCACCGGAUCCCUAUGGUUUAGCAACUAUACAAUUUUCGGAUGAUGAAAAAGACACUUACUGGGGCAAAGAGCAAAAACGGCUCGCUGAAGAACAAAAACAGCUCUAUCAAGGACUCCCACCGUACCAAGUACAAAUGCAGGGAUAUGAAACACCACCAGUGUCUCAGUCACAGGAACCAGCAGUCCCAUCUCAAUCUCAGCAUCUUUUUACUGGUACCAACAGCUCCUCAACAGCAACAUCAUCUCAAUCUCAGUUUCAGUCUCAGCAACAGCAUUAUCUCAGUAGCGGCAUUUCCUCAUCAGCUGCAGCGGUGGGACAGCCACACCCACAUCAUCAAGAGCCACCAGAUCCCUAUGGUUUAGCAACUAUACAAUUUUCGGAUGAUGAAAAAGACACUUACUGGGGCAAAGAGCAAAAACAGCUCAAAGAAGGACCCCGGUAAUCCCUGGGGAUAGUCAGAAGUUGAGCAAUACCUCAUCAAUUUAGUUAGAUAUUCACAUAUUCCUGUUGUUUUCAUACUAACAUUUCCUGCUAUAAACUUAGACAUAUUUCCUGCUGUAAACUUAGAAAUAUUCAGGGUUUGUCAUUUCUGAAAAUUAUAGAAAUAUUUCCUGCUGUAAGCUUAGAAAUAUUCAGGGUUUCUCAUUUCCGGAACUUAUAGAAAAACUCCAU